AUGGCUGCCUCUUUCGAACCUCGUAUCUCCGUGGUCGUCAUGGGUUCCCAUCCUGGCUCAUAUCGCACAGCCGCUAUCUUUUCCAUCGCCAACGGGUUGAUGUCGUACUCCUCCAUUAGCGCUUGCAGCGGCGCUUUGUGUUUCCUCGGCUUUGUCCGGCGUAUUUCCUUUAGCGCUUUGUGUAUGGGGUGCGUGCGUGGGAGCGUUGCUAGCCUUGUGGCUGCCCGGUGCCGGUGUUUGUCGAUGGUGUGCUCGAUCGGGAGGAGAUUGGCGUGGGCAUUUAGGGCGUCUGUCGCUGUCGUGGCCAUGGCCCCGGUGAUGAGGAUGGCUGCGCGCCGCUGGAUCGUUCGAAGCUGGGGUAGGAUACUGCGCGUUUUUGAGGCUCGGUGUUUCCGUGUUGUCGGGUUUAGGAAGAUGUCCGCGCCAUACAGUAGUCUCGGUAGGCAGGUUGCUAAGUAUAGCCGUCUCAUCUGUGCUGGGCGUAUGCUCCUCGUCGGUUUACCAAAACGGCCGACCUUUGACAGCCAUGCCUGUCCCUUCCUUAAGAUUGCCGCACGCUGUUCCUUCCAUCUCAGUUGUUGGUCGAUGUGGAUUCCUAACAGCUUGACCGAGGAAGCCGGUUUGAUGAGAUGCGUGCCCAGCCUUAGGUUUGGUCGGGGCUCUGGUACACGUUUGUGUGGCUGGAAGGUAGCCGGUGUUAGUCUUCGUGAUGCGUCUAACAGCUGGUACUUAGCGGGUCCAAAGAUUGCGUUGUGGUCGGCCGCCCAGUCGUCUAUGCCUCCACUGCCGGUUAUGAUUGUUCUCAGUUUGUUGUGGGUUUCCCGAAAGGAGCUGCCAGUUGUGAUGAUUGUCACGUCGUCUACGAAUGUUACGCCGUGUUCGCCGUGGGUUGGUCGUGGGAUCUUAGCCAGCUGUGCGUUGUAUAUCAUGUAG